CAUCAUGGCUACUACAAAUUAUUUAUCCGCGAUUAGUAUGACGAUGAUCAUCUUCUUUGCUUCCUACGUCUCAACAGAUCCUGAUAUGCUUCAAGAUGUCUGUGCUGCAGAUUUUACCAAUGACGACUUAAUAAAACUGAAUGGAUUCCUAUGCAAAAAACAUGCAUCAUCUGAUGAUUUCUUCUUUUCUGGGUUAUCAUAUCCAAGAUCAACCGACAACACAUUUGGAGCAACUCCGACGCUAAUCACUGUCCUAAACAUCAGCGGCCUGAACACCUUGGGGAUGGCGGUAUCACGUAUUGACUUUGCUCCGGGAGGCCUGAAUCCACCGCACCUCCACCCACGAGCCAGUGAGAUAUUUUUUGUUUUAGAAGGUGAACUGGAAGUCGCAUUCAUAACAACAGACAACAAACUUUACUAUAAGCCAGUGAAGGGUGGUGAACUAUUCGUACUCCCUAAAGGGUUGAUUCAUUUCCAGAUAAACAGAGGGAAUGAAAGUGCUGUAGCCAUAGCUGCCUUCAACAGCCAGUUUCCAGGUAUCCAAAGGGUGCCAAAUGCUUUGUUUGGAUCAUAUCCCGAUGUGCCAAAUGAUGUGUUGGCUAAAACAUUCGGGAUUGGAAUCAAUCAAGUGAAGAAAAUUAAGUCAUGGCUUGAUUCCUAAAAACUAAAAUUACUAUAGUGCGUAAAUGUGUGUUGAGUUAUGGGGUUUUUAAGUAUAUAUUUCUAUGUGUUGUUUGGUUAUUCAUGAGGAUUGUUGAAUCUUUGGAAGCUGAAUGGUUUGGUGGUUCAUUGUUUGAACCCAUAAAUAAAUUAAACACACAUGUUGUUACUUAAUUUAAUUAGGUCUUUUAUAAUUAAGGCUCCAUGUUCUCUAAUAUAAUAA